ACUAAACGUAAGCUUAUUCAAAUGCUGGUAUUAAAUGCGCAAAGAAAAGAGGUCAAGGAUUGUUUUUUUUAACGAAGCGCAAUUAUGCUAAUUUUCAGUAUGAGAUCACAUGAUGCAUUUAGUCAACGAAUGUAUAUUCUUCUACAAUUACAGUCAAAUAGCAUUUUUAAUUUAAAAAAAAUCUUCGAAUGAUCACGUACACGAUGGAAAAAAAGACAAAUUAAAUUUAAUCGGACUAACCAAGCUAGCAUACCUAACCUUUAAAAUCGAUCGGAACGCUUCAUAGGCGUUCACCUACACCGAGAAAUAAAGCUUCAUUUAAAAGCUUGUUAACCUCGUAACCGCGCGAGAUUUUAUUGGAUCAAACGAAAUGACCUUUGCAUAAGUUCAAUUGAGAAUUGUCUCAGCAUGGCAAAAAUAACUCAAACUGUCAAACGUUCGCCGAAACUUGACACCGGAGUGAUGUAGAUAUUUGUUCUCAUCGAUGACAUAAGAUGAUAUUGCAUUGCGUGCCGUAAUAAUAAUGCGGCUCAGAUUCGUCAGGGCGGUCCUGGUGCUUGCGUUGUUGGGUAACAUCAUCGUCUGGCAUAGGAUAUGGCGCUUGUUCGCGGCACAAAACACUCUGGGCCUAUUAACACCGAAUGUCGGGACCAACGAAACCCCGCAGAAACUUCAUCGACGCUUGGCCCGUCUAGUCACUAUUGUCAUCAGACAAUUUGAGAGUUUCGAAAACGAUGUAGCAUCCAUGGUGGAGUCAGUUUUGAAUUCCUUCCCGGAGAUACCCGUCCUGAUAGUAUGCGAUGAAGUGCCGUAUCCGCCGUUGGAGCUAGACUUCGCUAACGAGAGUAUGAAGAAUGUCAAGUUGAUUAGUUUACGGCCCGAGUUCAAUAAGUCUUUUGACGAGAGAAAUCCACUCUUUUACAUACGCACCAAGUUUGUCCUAUUUAUGCCUGAUGCAACAAGAUUGUCGACCAAGCAAAUCAUGCAGGAGACUGUCUCGCAAGUGUCAAAUUUAGGAGUAGUUACUGUACCAGUAGGAAAGAUUGCCUUGCAUUGUCUUGAAUUAGAUUUAAGAGUGAAAGAAUGGAGCUUGAGGAUAACGCGGAUUACAGGGACAGAAUGUGAUAGUGUAACGGGCAAGCAUGUAACUGUGCUGGAAACAAAAAUUUUAAGGAGAUUAUCGGAUCCAUUUCUGCUACCCUUCACCGAUGCCUUGUACAUCCAGAUGGCAGCUAUUGGUGUAAAGAUACAUAUAUUGAAAAGCUAUCAAUUCAACGAGGGAAAACCAUUAUAUAGAAAUCAACAAGCACAAUCUAAGAUGCAGCAAUUGCAUCGUACGCGGGAGCGAUUGAUGUUUGAGAAAUUGGGAAUAAAGAAAAUCACAAGAGCUUCCGGUUCUGUGGAAUGGUAUGGUUGUUCACGGGAAACUGCGAGGUGCUUUGGUUCGGUGAUAAAUGGCAUACCAUCGUAUCUCUAUCUGCAUCGAUAUACGCCACCUUGUUGUUUGGCUGGACUGAGAAAAGUUGCCCAUCACGUUAUUGAUAAAUUGGAGGAAGUUGGCAUACGAUUCUGGUUGGAGGGUCAAUCGUUAUUGGGAGGAAUGAGACACGGCGAUAUUUUGCCAUGGGAUCACGAAGUACAAAUUGGACUGAACCGCGACGAUUUGGCGAGAUCGCCGUGGCUGGUCAGAGCUAAGAAUAAACCGGUUGUUGAUGAUGACGGUUUUAUCUGGGAGAAGGCGACGGAGGGCGAGUUCUUCAAGGUACAAUACUCCAGAGUUAAUCGUUUGCACGUGAACCUGCUGCCAUUCUACGCGCGCAACGGAUCCAUGACGAAGGAUGCAUGGUUCCUGAAGAAUCGGGACUUUCCGGAACACUUUCUCCAUCCGAUGUCGAGUAUCGAGUUCGUCGGUAGACAAGUGCCAUGCCCAAAUAACAUUAGGGACUUUUUAGAGCUUAAAUAUUACAAAGGUGUGAUAGAGAAUCCAGAAUUACCAGGUAAAUUUGUUUUUAAUUAAUUCGAUUUUGAAUAAUUGUGCGAAUUAUUAGCGGGAGUCUAUGGCAAUAUUUGUUGUCUCAUUUGAUUAAGAAAUUGGUACUUGUUGCGGCUAAGUCGCAUUUAUUGUUGCUAUCGAAUUGAUAAUUAUACCGAUUAUGCAUGUAUCUAAUGAUACUAGGAAUUAUUUAUGCAUGAAGAUAUUAAGAUCUGAAGAUUGUAAUUCGACAUUCGUGCAAUGUCUCUCUUCUAAAGGAAUGACUCGUAAAUGCAUUUCUAUUUGCCUUAUUCGAACCCUACUUCAAUAAGGAAUAAUGACAAAUAAUUGUUAUCAAAUUUUAUCUAAACAUCUCUGAAUAAUUCAGCUUAGAAUAGUGAAAUUCACAAACUUUCUUCUUGCAUGAAUUGAACUGUUAAUAUUGUGCCAAAUAAACUUAGUAUUUUUUAUUAAAUCUGAUCGAUAUAGAUGUUGAGAUUUUUCGAUACACUUCCAUUAAGAAUACUAACUUUGAACUAGAUUUACUAUUGAUUCAUUAGUAGAUACUAAUAUAGUCCAUAUUAGAGAGAUUUAUAAAUAUUUAAUAUUAACGAUUUUAAAAACAGAUUUAAAAUUUCAUAAUAUUUUAAAAAUAUUUUAUUUGGUAUGGGAAAAAGCAUUUUUUAAAAUAAUAUAUAUUGAACAGUUCUACAAGAUUAGAAAUAUUUCGUAAAUAUUUAUAUAUUGUAGAAAUUUGAUUGUUCCAGUUCUGCUCAAUUAAAACUCGUAAUUUUAAGAGAAAAUAAGGAGAAGUUUCAAGAAUAAAAAUUGCGUUGUUUUACAUUUGGAAAAUUAUGUAAAUAACAUAUUUUAAUUGGAUUAAUUUAAAUCAAUUUAUUUAGUUUUAUCAUAUUAAGUAGUGGCUACUGGGAAUUGUUGUAUUAUUAUAUAAUGAUAUUUUCAAGCAGUAUAUAUAAAUUCAAGUACAUAAAUUACUUUGUAGAACUAUUUGACAUCUAUUGCAUAAUU